GGGCGUGCACCGAACCCCGUCCCCUCCCGUUCCGCCGCAGCCCGCCCAGGGACGUGCUAUGGCUACGUCGAUCCUCGGGGAGGAGCCGCGGUUCGGAACGACCCCCCUGGCCAUGCUGGCCGCCACCUGCAACAAGAUCGGCAACACCAGCCCGCUGACCACGCUGCCCGAGUCCAGCGCCUUCGCCAAGGGGGGCUUCCACCCCUGGAAACGCUCGGCGUCCAGCUGCAACCUGGGCUCCGGCCUGUCGGGCUUCGCGGUGGCCACGAGCAGGGGCUCCGGCGGACUGGGCGGCGGCACAGGCGCGGCCAACAGCGCCUUUUGCCUGGCCUCCACCUCGCCCACAUCAUCGGCCUUCAGCAGCGACUACGGCGGGCUCUUCUCCAACUCGGCGGCGGCGGCGGGCGUGUCCCCGCAGGAGCCGGCCGGGCAGUCGGCCUUCAUCUCCAAGGUGCACGGCGCGGCGGCCGACGGGCUGUACCCGCGGGUGGGCAUGGCGCAUCCCUACGAAUCCUGGUACAAGUCGGGCUUCCACUCCACGCUCUCGGCCGGCGAGGUGGCCAACGGCACGGCCUCGCCGUGGUGGGACGUGCACGCCAACCCGGGCUCGUGGCUGGAGGUGCAGAACCCGGCGGGGGGGCUGCAGGGCUCGCUGCACUCGGGCGCCCCCCAGGCCUCGCUGCACUCCCAGCUGGGCACCUACAACCCCGACUUCAGCUCGCUCACCCACUCCGCCUUCAGCUCCACCGGCCUGGGUUCCACGGCCGCCUCGCACCUGCUCUCCACCGGCCAGCACCUGCUCGCUCAGGAGGGCUUCAAGCCCGUGCUGCCCUCCUACACGGACUCCAGCGCGGCGGUGGCGGCGGCCAGCGCCAUGAUCUCGGGGGCGGCCGCGGCGGCGGCGGGGGGUGGCUCGGCGCGCUCUGCCCGCCGCUAUUCGGGCCGCGCCACCUGCGACUGCCCCAACUGCCAGGAGGCCGAGCGGCUGGGGCCGGCGGGGGCCAGCCUGCGGCGCAAGGGGCUGCACAGCUGCCACAUCCCGGGCUGCGGCAAGGUGUACGGCAAGACCUCGCACCUGAAGGCGCACCUGCGCUGGCACACGGGCGAGCGGCCCUUCGUCUGCAACUGGCUCUUCUGCGGGAAGCGCUUCACCCGCUCCGACGAGCUGCAGCGGCACCUGCGGACUCACACGGGCGAGAAGCGCUUCGCCUGCCCCGUCUGCAACAAGCGCUUCAUGCGCAGCGACCACCUGAGCAAACACAUCAAAACGCACAACGGGGGCGGCGGGGGCAAAAAGGGCAGCGACAGCGACACGGACGCCAGCAACCUGGAGACGCCGCGCUCCGAGUCCCCCGACCUCCUCCUGCACGACGGGGCGGCCGCCGCCCGCGGCCCGGGCAAGGAACCCCCGGGCGGCCCUGGCGACUCCUAG